AUGUGGCAAAUUCUGAUUUUCUGCUUUUUAAACUCAGUACAAAAUAUUAAUGCAUUGCGAAGCGUACAUCAGAAGUCGAUGGCGGCAGGCCGUCUGGAGAAUGUAACACAGACAAUAUCACGUAUACUGGAGGGCUAUGACAUUCGACUAAGACCAAAUUUUGGAGGAGAACCAUUACACGUGGGCAUGGACCUUACGAUAGCGAGCUUUGAUGCCAUCUCGGAAGUGAAUAUGGAUUACACUAUCACUAUGUACCUAAACCAAUACUGGAAGGAUGAGCGACUCGCGUUUAACGCGUUCGCCCUCUGGGGAGACAAUCAGAAGGAUCAAACGGGAGAAAUCAUGAUAGAGGACGACGGUGCGAACGAUGUGAUUACGCUUUCGGGUGACUUCGCCGAAAAGAUAUGGGUACCGGACACGUUCUUCGCCAACGAUAAGAACAGCUUCCUGCACGAUGUGACCGAGCGCAACAAGCUCGUCCGGUUGGCCGGUGACGGUGCGGUGACGUACGGGAUGCGCUUCACCACCACGCUCGCUUGCAUGAUGGACCUGCACUACUAUCCGCUAGAUUCGCAGAACUGCACGGUGGAAAUUGAAAGCUAUGGCUAUACCGUUUCGGAUGUGGUGAUGUACUGGCGGUCCACGCCUAUCCGAGGUGUGGAGGAAGCAGAGCUACCACAGUUCACUAUUAUCGGUUACGAGACGAACGAUCGGAAGGAAAAGUUAGCCACCGGCGUCUACCAACGGUUGUCACUGUCGUUCAAAUUGCAGCGCAACAUCGGCUACUUCGUAUUCCAGACGUAUCUGCCAAGCAUACUGAUCGUGAUGCUGUCCUGGGUGUCCUUCUGGAUCAAUCACGAGGCCACUUCCGCCCGCGUUGCACUCGGCAUCACCACCGUGCUGACAAUGACGACCAUCAGCACGGGUGUGCGUAGCUCGCUGCCGCGCAUCUCCUAUGUGAAGGCGAUCGACAUCUAUCUGGUGAUGUGCUUCGUGUUCGUGUUCGCCGCGCUACUAGAGUACGCUGCCGUCAACUACACGUACUGGGGUGCCCGAGCCAAGAAGAAGUGCAAAAAGAACAAGGAAGCCGAGCGGAAGGUGUUCGGAAAGACAGAAAAGACCUCAACCUGCUCCGCAGACGAUAUUAUCGAGCUGCAAGACAUUCGCAUGAGCCCAAUCGCAUCGCUCCGUAAUCGGCACUACUCGAACACGAUCACCACGACCGAUAGUGUCGAUUCGACCAAGUUUCCACCAAGCUUCCGCAUCGCUAGAUCGUAUGGGUCGAGCACCCGUAGUGGUCUCCGCUAUCGCAGCUCUAGAGGUCAGGGAAGGCCAAAGAUGCUGCAUGCGAUCAAGCGAGGCGCCUCCGUCAUUAAAGCGUCCAUACCGAAGAUUAAGGAUGUUAACGUGAUCGAUAAGUACUCGCGGGUCAUCUUUCCCGUGAGCUUCGCUGCCUUUAACGCCGGCUACUGGAUAUUCUACGUGCUCGAGUGA